AUGACAUCCAAGGUAUCUGACGAGGAGCUUAACGAAAUCUACCAGUACGCAAUCGCGCUCUCCAAAACGGCUGGUCGAGCAAUCGUUGAUGGUUCUGGCAAGCGCUUUUCCUCGUCUGCUGGAUCUGAGUUCAAGAAGAACUCUGCCGAUCUUGUCACUGAGACCGAUCAAGCUGUCGAGAAGCUGGUCAGAAGAUCGAUUUCGUCUCGCUUUCCAAGACAUACGUUUAUCGGGGAAGAAUCUUGGGCAGCUGGUGAAGAGGGAAGGAUUGAAAAACAAGGAGUCGUUUGGAUCGUAGACCCGAUUGAUGGAACGACUAACUUCGUACACGGUUUCCCAUACACCUGUAUUAGCAUCGGUGUUGUUGUGGAUGGAGAAGCGAAAGUAGGGGUGGUAUAUGCGCCGUUUAUGGAUACGUUGUAUCAUGGAUGUAAAGGAAAAGGAAGUUUUCUUUCGAGUCCUCAUCAUCCAGCUCCGAGAAGACUACCAUUGGUGGAAAAUGCAAUCCCUCUAACCGACCUGAAUCAGGCACUGGUUGCUUUUGAAUGGGGCACCGACCGACGUGAAGCAAUCCUUCAACAAAAACUCAACUCUUUCAAGAAAAUCACCGGAGACCCAAACGGUGGCGUAGAGGGCGCAAAAAUGGUCCGCGGAGUACGCAGCAUGGGUUCAGCAGCACUCAACUUCUGCCACGUAGCAAGUGGAAAUCUUGACCUCUACUGGGAAAUCGGUUGUUGGGCUUGGGACGUCUGCGCAGGAGUCGUUAUCGCACAGGAGGCCGGAGGCGCAGUUGUUGGGUCUAAAGCUCAUGCGGAGCAGGUGAUUCAGGGCGAAAAUUUCAACCAGGUAACUCCGGAACUGUUGACAGGCAGAAAGUACGUCGUGGUGAGAAAGAUCAUGGGUGAGGAGAAGGAGAACAGAGAAGCUCAGAAGAAGAUUCUGGCUGAUUUCUAUGGGUGUGUUGAUGAAUGGGAUCCUUAA